CUUUGACGGCCCAAGCGGCCCCGGCCGACCAGUAUCUACCUACCUACGGUAACGACCACAUCGCGUACCUCGCCCUUCUCAUCAGAUGUUAUUUGACUGUCCCUGGUUUAAGAAAGCUUUAAUCAGAUUUCAGUCGAUGCUAGCGGGUCAUCAACGUUAGAGAGAGAGAAGCGAUAGAAGAAGAGAACAUGCACGAAAUCAUCACUCUCCAGCUAGGCCAGUUGAGCAACUACGCAGCAACCCAUUUCUGGAACACUCAGGAAUCCUACUUCACCUAUUCGGAUCAGGAUGAGUCCCCAGUAAACCACAACGUCCACUGGCGCCCGGGCGUCGCACUCGACGGCUCCGAGACAUUCCUCCCUCGUACAGUCGUGUACGAUCUCAAGGGUGGUUUCGGCUCGCUUCGCAAGAUAAAUGCCCUGUACGACGCAAGCCAGGAAGGAGCACCUGCUCAUCUGUGGAAAGGAUCCCCUCAAGUCCAUAAACAGCCGCAGGUCGAACCAAGCGCUUUCCAGCAGAGCCUGGACCUUGGCACCGCCGCGCCGAAGCUCAGCCCAUCAGACGUGCGGUACUGGUCCGACUUCUCGCGCAGCUUCUAUCACCCAAAGUCUCUCAACCAGCUCUACGACUAUGAGCUCAACUCGUCCAUCAGACCCUUCGACAAGUGGACACUGGGUCGAGAGCUUUUCGACACCUUGGACAAGGAGCAUGACAUUGUUGACCGAGACUUCCGUCCCUUCGUCGAGGAAGCCGACCAGAUGCAGGGAUUUCAGAUUGUGACAACCAUUGAUGAUGCUUGGGGAGGCUUUGCUACCGAGUACGUCGAGCGUCUGCGGGACGAGUACGGAAAGGUCACCAUUUGGGUGUGGGGCUUGCAGACUCCUGUGCCUGCAGCACGGAUUGAUCAGAGACGUCUCCAGAUGGCCAAUACGGCCAGGACGAUCAAGGACUUGUGCGAGCAUGCCUCAAUGUUGGUUCCUAUGGCUCUCCCGCAGACUCGGCUAUGCUCCAACAUCAACAUGGACCUCCAGUCCCCCUGGCACGCCACUGCUUUGUUAGGAACUGCCAUGGAGACGGCAGGCUUUCCUUCUCGACUCAACUCCGGCAGCACUGGAAGCGGAUUGCAAGCAACAUUGAGCGACCUGGUCAGUGGCCUGAACCUACGUGGACGGCAGACCAUGAGCCGUCUACAGAUGAGCAUCGUGGGCCCUACCUCGGACCUAGAGGAAAAUGCUCGAACAUUGCAGGCAUCUGAGGGUGACGAGGAGAUGGAGAAUUCCAAACUGGACACAGACCUGUUUGAUAUCUUGCGAGCGAAGCCGUUGACGGGAAGACGAAACAAGAACGACGGAAGAGGCACACCCCACCUUUUCGGUCAAGCGAUAACUACUCGCGGUACGCCGCAAGGCUCGAAUGACGGGGAUCAAGGCAGACAACGGUCAAGAGCCGCACUCAUGGAGAACAGUACCCAGAGAUAUUACACAGGCAAGGGUUUUCCCAUGCUCGACAGUUUCCCAGAAAUCUACCUUGACAGCAGCGGCGAGCCUUCCACCGAAACUUUUGGCGUCAAGACCAGCCUUUCCACGGACACAUCUGUAUCAGCAGCAUUGAAAGCUUUGCGUACAGCUGUUUCAUCUUCCAUUGGGGUCGAGGACCGAGAGGACAUCAGCAAUGAGCUGGCUGAGCUUGCCGAGGCGUACCGUGAAGGAUGGUCCAGUGGUAGCGAUGAUGAAGACGACUGACUGAAUGUCUGUCUGUCCACCGACGCAAAUUGACCAAGUCGCCCGACAAUGCUGAAUCACCAGCAAAACCAGAGGAUGAUGACUACAUUUGCUAGACGGCAGCAUCAUCUGGCGUCAAAAUGCUUCUGGUAUCAUCUCAAGCCCACAUUACAGCGACGUGGAUGUUAUGCGGCGAGUGUCGAACAGCCGCGGGGAUGUCAGAUGGGAGCAAAGCAGAGGAUU